AUGCCUGUCUACUCAAUAUACAUCUUUGACCGUCACACCGACUGCGUCUACUCCAAAGCCUGGCUACCACCGCCCUCGCGUCCCCUCUCCCAAUCCUCGACCUCGACCACCGCCCUCCAACACCAGCAACAGCAACAACAACAACAGCAGCAGCAGCAACCACCACCGCCGGCCCCCGCCCCCGUCUACCCUCACCACCACGCCUCCUCCAGCGACGACGCCAAGCUCGUCUUCGGCACCGUCUUCUCCCUGCGCAACAUGGCCCGCAAGCUCGGCGGCGACGACGACGCCUUCAUCUCCUUCCGCACCGCCACCUACAAGCUGCACUACUACGAGACCCCUGCCAACCUGCGCUUCGUCAUGCUCACCGACACGGGCGCCCUCAGCAUGCGCAACGUCCUGCACCAGAUCUACAUCAACCUCUGGGUCGAGUACGUCGUCAAGAACCCCCUCGCCCCCGUCGAGCACAAGGGCGGCGCCGGCGUGCGGAACGAGCUGUUCGAGCUUGGCCUUGACCAGUUCGUCCGGGGGCUGAGCUGA